GAGACGAGGAGGAGGACUUUGACUCCUAUUUAUUUCUUAUUUAUGAUGUAUUUAUUGAAGAUGCUGCUGGGCCUGGCUGUGGCGUCCAUGUUGUUGAGUCAGGGUUUGUGCUCGGGUGUGUUCGAGUUGAAGCUGCAGGAGUUCCUCAACAAGAAGGGCGUGCAGGGCAACAAGAACUGCUGCGGGCGGGGGUCACCCGCCUCCUCCUUCCAGCAGUGCGAGUGUCAGACCUUCUUCCGGGUGUGCCUCAAGCACUACCAGCCCAACGCCUCCCCGGAGCCCCCCUGCACGUACGGGGGCGCCGUGACCCCCGUGCUGGGCUCCAACUCCUUCCAGGUCCCCGACGUGGUGCCGGAGAGCUCCUUCAGCAACCCCAUCAGGAUCAAUUUCGGCUUCACGUGGCCGGGGACCUUCUCGCUCAUCAUCGAAGCUCUGCACACGGACCAGAGAGACGACCUGUCCACAGAGAACCCAGACCGGGUGAUCAGCACCAUGACCACGCAGAGGCACCUCACGGUGGGGGAGGACUGGUCCCAGGACCUCCACACGGCGGGCAGGACCGAGCUGAAGUACUCGUAUCGGUUCGUGUGCGACGAGCACUACUACGGGGACGGCUGCUCCGUCUUCUGCCGGCCCAGGGACGACGCUUUCGGACACUUCACCUGCGGCGAGCGCGGGGAGAUCACCUGCGACGCCGGAUGGAAGGGACAGUACUGCACCGAACCCAUCUGCCUGCCGGGCUGCGACGACGAGCACGGCUUCUGCGAGAAACCCGGAGAGUGCAAGUGCCGCGUGGGCUUCAAGGGGCGCUACUGCGACGAGUGCAUCCGCUACCCGGGCUGCCUCCACGGCACCUGCCAGCAGCCCUGGCAGUGCAACUGUCAGGAGGGCUGGGGGGGGCUGUUCUGCAACCAAGACCUCAACUACUGUACUCACCACAAGCCGUGCAUGAAUGGCGCCACCUGUAGCAACACGGGUCAGGGCAGCUACACCUGCUCCUGCAGGCCCGGCUUCACCGGCGCCAGCUGCGAGUUACAAGUCAACGAAUGCACCGGAAACCCGUGCCGAAACGGCGGGAGCUGUGCCGACCUGGAGAACACCUACACCUGCACGUGUCCUCAUGGUUUCUACGGCAACAACUGUGAACUGAGCGCAAUGACGUGCGCAGACGGUCCGUGUUCCAACGGCGGCCGCUGCAGUGACAACCCCGAGGGUGGUUACUUCUGCCAGUGCCCCACCGGCUACGCGGGCUUCAACUGCGAGAAGAAGAUCGACCACUGCACCUCCAGUCCUUGCUCAAACGGUGCUCGCUGCGUGGACCUGGUCAACUCGUACCUGUGCCAGUGUCCUGACGGCUUCACGGGCAUGAACUGCGACCACACCGGUGACGAGUGCUCCAUGUACCCUUGCCAGAAUGGCGGUACCUGCGAGGAAGGAGUCAACGGCUACACCUGUACUUGCCCGCCGGGAUACACGGGUCGCAACUGCAGCUCGCCCAUCAGCCGCUGCGAGCACAACCCGUGCCACAAUGGCGCCACCUGCCAUGAGAGGAACAACCGCUAUGUCUGUGCUUGCGUCCCGGGCUACGGAGGACGGAACUGCCAGUUCCUGCUACCGGAACACGCCGCCAUCCGUGGCUCUGAGGUACCUUGGAUGGCUGUGGGCUCCGGCGUGGCCCUGGUGCUUCUGCUGCUGGCGGGAUGCGCCGUGCUGGUCGGGUUCUUCCGAUCCAAAUCGCAGCGCGAUGGUCCGGUAGAAGUUGUCGGCGAUGGGGAAACGAUCAACAACAUCACCAACAAUUGUCAACGGGGCGACUGGGACCUAGGGAUCAGCGUCGUGCCAACGCCAGGCGUCAAAAAUAUCAACAAGAAGAUGGACUUGUGCAGUAGUGACCCAGACGAGGGAACUUCCCCCGACAGGAGGAGCUACAAGAGCCGGCAACCGCCAGCCGACUACAACCUGGUACAGGAGGUCAACCAUGAGCAGGCCGCCAAGGACGCCAUGUUGGAGGCCUCCUCCUCGGACUCCUUUGAGUUCGAGGAGAAACACAGCAAGCGUUUAAAAUGCGACGCAUCGGAAAAGAGUAGCCCAGAAACGUCUGCAUGUGCGGACAACAAGUACAAAUCUGUGUUUGUCAUGUCGGAGGAGAAGGACGAAUGUAUUAUUGCAACUGAGGUGUAAUUGUGCCAACGACGGGCUCGCCCAGUUGCUGUUUGGGAGAGUUUUUAUGCUCCUGGAUGAGAUGCUGCUCUAACGUCGGGGGGUCGGAGUCCCGCCCGAAGACUGCUGCUGAUACUGAGACCUUUAACUGAUAUUCAGACUGAGCUGGUUCUCGACUGGAAACUUGGCGGGAUAGAAACCGGCGGGGUUACGAGGAAAAAUGUGGCGUUUACGGUUAAACGUAAACUUAGCUUUGUGUUCCGCCUCCCAUCGGGAAUGGGGGGAGCGAAAUGAAACCAGGGAAAUAUUAAAAGGGACGCCGUCUCGUGCCGUAAUGCGAUGAUGUUUGGUUCUUUGCAACAUUUGCACGCACACGGCGGCGCGGGAAGCGCAGCAGACGGCGGAUGUUUGGCCAUACUGGCCUGUUGUUGGAGUCCUCCUCAUUGUAUUGUCCUCGACGCCUUUCUCACCUCCAUUCUCAUACGCAUUUCCAAGAGUCGAAAGGGAGGGAUAAAAAGUUACGAUUUAAGAACUACGAUUUAAUUUAAGUUAAUUUAAAGCAUUUUGUGUUAUUUUUUGUCUUGUACAUUUGUGAGCUUAUUUAAGUCGCUUCGUUAUGGAUGAUCUUUGCAAAGGCACUUGGGGGACGAAAAAGAAAGAAUAUUUAAGAGGUUUUGUACAUUGUGUCGUUCCAUGAAGGAGUAU